AAAAAAAGAAUUAGUAAUUAUAUUAGCGUGUUGCAACUUGUAGCGUUGCGUUAGUUAUCGCGUAGUAUCGCACGUGCCUAUCGUGACUAACGGCCUAACCAAGUUAAUUUAACUUUAACUGACUUAAACAGCGCAGUCAAUAACAAAGUAACCUAUUCAAAUUAUUUCGUCUGUUGACAAUUUAUCGUGAAUUAGUUGCUCAUAUUAGGAAACGUCAACAAUGAGACCCCACCUGUUGACCUCAUUGAAUUUGGAAAAAUUGGAAGAGUUGAAAAGAGAAAUAAAGAGUAUCCUGAUUGCGAACAGUCGUGAGAGAGUGACAUUAGAUCAAUUUCCUCAUCUAUUUGAAUCUCAACUUGGAGACCCCAUACCUUUUAAAGAUUACAAUUUCUGUAGUUUAAAAGAGUUUUUGUUAAGUAUACCAGAUACAGUAAGACUCUGUAUGGAUAAAACAACCAGUGUAACAUAUGUUUAUCCUGUUGAAAGCGAAAAAACUAAGCAUAUUAGUUCUCUGAUUGCAAGACAAAAAACAAACGGAAAAUGUAAAAAAUUACAGCAUAAAUCAAGAUUUCAUUCAAAUUAUAUUGAUCCUAUUUUGCUGACAACAUUGAUAUUGAAAUUAUCAAGUAAAGGAUGUGUUAAUAAAGUUGAUCUUUUGGCUGAAAUUGAAACCAUCAUUGGAGUUCAAUGUUCAUAUACCAUUGGCGACUUGAAUGCUCAGCUGGGUAUGCUGAGUCACAUGUUAUUCCAUAAUAAAAAUAGCAUCUACUUAAAAGAUGAAGCAACAUCUUAUAGUCAAGAAAAUUUAUUGUGCAAUUUUAUUAUUAAACCAAAAACCAUAAAACGUUUGCAGAAGCUGUUGACUGAAAAAUAUCCAGAGGGAAUAUGGUGUCAACAACUUCCUUAUUUAUAUCUAAAAGAAUACGGAAUUGAAUUGGAAUAUCGUAAUUUGGGUUUCAAUGAUAUUGUUGAAUUUAUUGCUGUUUUACCAGCAAGCAUUUUUAAAUGCACAAGACCACCCAAUAGCUUCAAGUACAAACUUUUUUCGAGUGAAACAGAAAUGUUGGUUAAUAAUCAAUUAAAGAAUUCAACUGUUGCAGAUUCUAUUGAAAAAGUUGCAGAUGAUAUUAAAGUUGAUACUUCACAUGCCUUAUUUACUUUACAUUCUUGUUCCAAGGCUCUGUCAAAAAGAUUAAUUCCAAAAGAAUUUAUGAACUUUGAAGAUUCCGUUAAACAAAUCAAUGUAGCCACAGUUUUGGACAAUUCUGGUGUUAUUGUUUCUGAAAUAUAUAAUCCAUCUCUCUUCUGGAUAAUACUACAUAGAAACAAACGCAAAUUAAUUAAACUUAUGGAUAAUUUACAAGAAUUUUAUCUUGGUCAGGCUGACUUAGAUAAAUACAAAGUACCACCAAUUGUAUUAAAACCAGGGUUACAUGUUGCCUGUCUCUAUUCCAAUCGAUGGCACAGGGGCAUAGUUAAAAGUGCAGCAAAUUUGAAUUCUUCAAUAAUAUUAUUUUAUGAUUAUGGCACCACAAAAGCUUACAAAGCUAACAAACUUUAUUUUUUGCACAAAAAAUUUUCAUAUUUACCUGCACAAGCAAUACCUAGUUGCUUGUAUGAUGUUAAACCAACAGCAAGUUGCAACAAAUGGACUCAAGAGGCAAUUGAAAAAUUUGUUGAUAAAACAAUAGAAAAAGAUUUUCUUGUUUCUAUACAUAACAGAAAUCAAGAGAACAAUUCAAUUACAGUUGAUUUAAUUGAUGUCUGCACUAGUAAUACAAUAAAUCAUUGGUUGGUAUCAAAUGAUUUAGCAAUGUUUGUUAGAAAAGAAAUCAAUUUCAUAUCAAGUGAAGAACAACAAUAUUCUACAAGCUAUGUCAGGCCUGCAAAGCAAUUGGAAGCAUUAAAAAAGUAUAAGACAAGACUUCAAUUACUUGAAAAACAAAAUCUUCAGUCAACUUCUAGCAAUCUCAGUGGGUCUGUCGAAGAAAAAAAUAAAGACAGUGCCAAGACAAUUCUUUCAAAUAAUAAUUACUAUGUUGAUCAUUGUGAAAAUACAGGCAUUGAUAAUAUCCAAAAUUGUGAGACACAAAAAUUAGUUAUAAAAAAACAGCAUAUUACAGAAGCUUUAAAAGAGUUGGAGAAAUUAAUCAUGUUUACAAAGAUAUAAGAAAAAAAGCAGUAGCAGGUUUACUAAGUGCGAGAUUGAUCUAUUUUUUUCUCGUAACUAAUUAUUUACGUCAUUGAUGAUUCGAACGCGCAAUUUAUUUUUUCUUACUGUAGAUAGAAAACAAUUUUACUUUUUUAAAAAUCAUAUAUAUAUAUAUAUAUAUAUAAAUAUAUUUUAUAUACACAUUUUUAUACAAUGAAUUUAAAAUGUAUGUACAUAGAAUAA